GUUUGAACACUACAUAUAUCAACAAAUAGUUUGGCCAGAUCAUCUUGACACAUCAUACUAGAUAUUAUCAAAGGACAGAAGCUACACUCCAAUACCGAUAUUUAGUAAUAAAAUGUAAAUCAGCUUACACUAACCCCGUUUAAUUAUAUUGAAAUAUGAAUGUACCGUGAGAGGAAGCUGUUGAAAUUUGUACGCCCUUGUUUUAAAAAGCUCCUUUCGUUCUUAGUACACGUAUAUUCUGUUGGCUAUGUCGCGCUACUCGCAUUCCCAGAGGAUGAAUCUGGGGACUGUUUUUAAUUUUCGAGAUCUUGACAAAAAUGUUCAAGUCCAUCUUAAGAACGUAUACAGUACCCUCUCUGUUGGUAUGAUAAUAUCAUGUGUUGGGGCAUACUUAUUUCAAAUAAACUCUUUUCUGCAGUCGAUUACAACUUCUUUGGUGGUCUUGUCAUUCAUUUUAUCCCUUGGAAGCUCUUUGUUCAUUUAUUUCACACAACACUCAAGAGAAACCCUUCAUUCUAGACUUGGUGCUUUCUUCUUGUUCUGUUUUUCUACAGGUAUUGGUUUUGGUCCACUUCUUCAAGCUUUGUCAGUAAUCAGUCCUGAUACUAUUCCAACUGCCCUUUUGGGUACUGCUUUGAUUUUCGUCUCGUUCACAUUAACAGCACUGUUUACACGAAAACGAUAUUACAUCUAUCUUGGUGCUGGAUUGAUGUCUGCAAUCAGUUUGCUGACAACAUUUAGCUUCAUGAACCUCUUUAUUCGUUCUCCGGCCAUAUAUAACGCUGAACUUUACAUUGGAUUGGCUAUAUUUUGUGCAUUUGUGAUUUUCGAUACCCAAUUAAUUGUUGAAAAGCGCCGUAAUGGGGAUACUGAUUUUGUAUGGCACACGUUGGAUUUGUUCAUUGAUUUUGUCGAAAUAUUCCGUCAUCUUCUUAUAAUCCUCAACUCUAAAAGGAGACGUGAUCGUGAUGACGAUUAAAAAAAUGGUCUUCAUUUGUUUAGCAGUCGGUUAAUUUGCUUAAAUUGCUUAAUAAUAAUACUACUCUUUAUUGGUAUUAUUUCACUUAAUCUUUCUACUUCGCAUUUUGUUGAGAAACCUUACGAACAAAAUUUAUAUAAAAAAAACACAACUAAAGUACUUAAUUAAUAAUUUGUUAUAAAUUUACGUUGUUCUGAUUAAGUCGAGAUUUACAUGGGCUUAACACAAAUAUAUUUCUGUUUUAUUUAUAAAAAAAAGUGUAUUGUAAAACUCUUUUGCUUCGAAUAUCAAAAUAUAUUGAGAAAUAUGCCCUAACUUUACCUUGCACUAAUAAAAUUGGUUGUUUUUUUUCCACUUCGUCUUUUGGUUUCCUAUUCUUGUGAUCCAUAUUGAAUAGAAGAGUAAGCUAUUGAGAUAUUUUUUAGAUUUAAUUCAUUCAUUAGGUUCCGAAUGUUAAUCAGUUACAACGUAGAACCAGGCACAUACAUGGAUCAGUCCAAGUUGUCACACCUCAUUAGCACAGCAAGACGAACACCGGAUUCAUAGAAGCAGUUAACUCGGUGGUGUAAUAUAUAGAGGAAAGAUUUUAUGUAAGGAUAUAGUACAGAAAGAAAGAAUUAGUUCAUAGAGAGAAAGAUGCGAAAUAAUCUUAAUCAUAGUUUAAGGGAAGAUAGAUAGUGUAUACACCUACGCCAUAGUCGAUUCUGAACCAUGUCACUCAGAGUCUCCAAUCAUUGGUUACAAUAGUCACGCGGACCCCAACCAAGUAGUCUGCAUCUACUAACAUGGAUCAGACUAGAAGUUAGUGACUUCAAGGACUUCGGUUUUACUUAGUUUAGCCAUAAAACCUAGUUGUGAGAGACUAAACGUGUUUGACACUUGCUUAACUAUAUAGGGCUUAGUGAAAGGUUGGCACUUCAUUCAGUCACGUUUAGAACGUCGCACUUAUUCUCUACUAUUUGCUGAGGACUCGUGUAUAAUCCAAAUGGGCGAACAUUAGUUGCAUAUGUUUUAGUUGACUAAUGUGUUAGUCGUUCCAGUGUGUCAUGAUUGAAGUUUUCGCUACAUUGUCCAAGUUGUUGGUGUUAUUUAAGUUUAUUGUUUUGAUGCUGGAACCGUGUAUCAAUUAGCAGUCUUAAAGUUAAAGGUUGAACCAAAAUUUCGUACUUUUGUGAACUUAUAUGUUAAUGGCUGCCUCAUUAGGAGGACAAUGAUAUUACAUGAAAUUAAUGAAAAUAAACGUCAAAUUCUCUAAUGUUCACUUAAGUAUUCCGUUCAUCAAAGCUACUUCGCAAACAAUAACUUUAAGGUUUUUGUAUCUGGAAUACGUGGUCCAACCGUCUGAAUUUCAGCAACCACUGUUUGGGUGCAACAUAUAGCUCAGACGUUCACAACGAUUAGAAACACCGAAUCUAUCUGGAUUGCCUGUCUGUCCGUGGAUAGUCAUGAAAGCACGUCGUUUACAGUUACUAAUGGUAUUACUCGGAAGUCAUUUCGAAUUUUCGCGUCAACUAACUGACACAAUGCCCAAAAAUUAAACGUUGGGUCCAGAUCUUUUUUUCUAAACAUUCAGAGGCUUAAGACAAUUGCAACUAACACUCGACCACAUCAUAUCGUUGCGCUCAUCAUUAAUGGGAAACUCCACAUUAUAAUUUGGAUUUCUUACUUAUGGUAACAGUGGAAUUCUAAACUUAUUUUCGUUCAUUCUGUAAACAGCAUGGGAUGGGUCAGUAAUCGUUGGCAAAUAAAUGUUUGAAGUAGGUAUGUCAUUUGUACUGAGCGAUAUCAUAUAUGGAAGACCUAACAACGACGGCGGAAAAAGCUGCAACAGAAAGAAAUAUGAGGCAACUAUACGAAGAGACUGACAGGGAAAUAUAGUAAACCAACGAGACCGGUCAAGAACAGAGAAGGCAAGCCAAUCACUGAAAUUCAACAAGAGGAACAGAUGGGUGGAAAUCUUGAAUAGGCCAGUACGAUUGAAUCUACUGAACAUUGAAGCAACACAGACACACCUUCCUAUAGAUGUCACUCCACCAACGACGGAAGAAAUCAACAUGGCCAUCAGACAAAUCAAGAGCGGUAAAGCAGCAGGACCUGACAAAAUACCAGCUAAAGUCACACAUAGAAGCAACUGCACGUAUGCUUCACGUUCUAUUCAGGAAGAUUUGGGGGGAAAAGUGCCGAUGAACUGGAAAGAAGGAUAGCAAAGAAAGGAGAUCUGAAUACGUAUGAGAACUACAUAGGCAUCACACUACUAUCGGUAUCAGGAAAGAUUUUCUACAGUGUUGCUGAACCGGAUGAAAGACACAGUAGACGCCCAACUUCGAGAUCAACAGGCUGUAUUCCGAAAGGACUGGUCGUGUACAGGCGAAAUAGUGUUGCCACAAAUCAUCGUUGAACAAUCAAUGGGAUGGAACUCGUCACUAAACCUCGACUUCAUUGAGAAUGAGGCGUUCGACAGUAUGGAUAGAAUAAACUUAUGAAAACUUCUUCGACACUAUAGAGUGAGUAGCUGAGGUCAUCAACAUCAUCCGGAGUCUUUACGACGAACCACAAUGCACAUCCAUGUAUCGAGGUCCGCUGACAAAUUUAAUCCAAGUGAAUACUGGUGUUAGACAACUUUGAUAACUCCCUCUCUCUCUUUUCUCUUAUGGUGGUCGACAUGAUUAUGAAGACACAUAUAUCUGAGGGGAAGCACGGAAUACAAUGGACGGCUUGCAUGCAAAUAGACGAUCUGGUCUUCGCAGAUGACCUGGUCAUUCUAUCCCAUACACAUCAACAAAUGCAGGUCAAGACAAGUGUAGCAGCAAUAGGCCUCAGCAUAUAUAUAAGGGCAAAACAAGGACCCUCAAACACAACACGGAGAGCACCAAUCCAAUCACACUUGAUGGAGAAACUCUGGGAGAGGUGGAAACUUCCAGGUAUCUGCCUUGACAGCAUCAUCGACGAACAAGGUGGAUCCGAUGCAGAUAUAAAGGCGAGGAUUGCCAAAACAAAGGCAGCAUUCCUGUAACUGAAUAACUCGUGGGACUCACGACUAGCAACCAAUAUCUAAUUCAGGAUCGUCAGUACGAGCGUCAAGACAGUUCUACUGUAGGGUGCUGAAACUUGGGGAACCACUACAACCAUCAUCAAGAAUGCGUAUGAAUUUAUAAACAUUUGUCUACAGAAUGUCUACUCAAUGUCCGAUGGUUGGAUACCACCGGCGACAGCUUGCUGUGGGAGAGGACAUACCAGCUUCCAACUAACGAGGGAAUUAGGGAAAGACGCUGGAAGUCGAUAGGAAAUUCAUUGCUGAAAUCAUCAAA